UGUUCACCCAACUGAGCGACUUACUACGUUUUGCGGUUGUCUACAAUUCUGGCGGAUUGUAUACAGACACCGACAACUUGGCGCUGCGACCGUUCAUAAAUACUUCAAAAAAUUUCUUCCAAUCUCAAGACGUGAAGGCUCGUUUUCCGAGCAAUUCUUUGUUUCAUUUCGAGCGCAACCAUCCGACGCCGAAGAAGUUUUUGACGCUCCUUUCGGACACGUUCUCUCCUGUGCUGAGUAGGCUGUUGUAUGGCAUGCUGGGCCCGUUGGCCCUUGAUCGAUUUUUCUGGAACGACGAGUGCGCCGUCAGGAUCUUGACUCCCCAGGACGCUCCAGCUCGGCACCCCGCGCCUUCUGAUCUCAUCGGCCCACGCUUGUCUGAUAAAAAAGAUUCUUCCGUAAAUGGGGAAACGCUUGAUGAAGAGCAUCGCAUCGAUGAAAAACUUGCGUUCAAUGUAAGUUCUCGGAACAAACAUGACGAUGGUGAAGAUGAUUCGUUCGAUUGCAUCCAUGAUAUCUUCGGGACAACUGCUCACCAGCCCGUUUAUGUUAUGCACUGCCACGCGAUGUUCUACCGAAACAAAACUUUGGUGGGACCCGACGAUAACGUAAGUUACGAUGUCUUACGUACCAUAAUUUGUACCACAUAGUAUCACGAUUAAGUGUUUAUUGUUCUACCGAAACAAAACUUUGGUGGGACCCGGCGAUAAUGUAAGUUAC